UGGAAGCAGAGGCAGCUCUGGGAUUCAGACACUUCGACUCUUUACCACUCGGGAGUUUGUUUGGAUUAUUGAACUCUUAUAACUUUGUUGGAUUUCAACUUGAGGCUACAUUUCGAGAGGAAAACAAGAUGUCAAGGAAAAGUGUUCCAGGAUGUUUCUCUAGAAUGGUAUGGAAAAAACAUUUUUUCAAAGAAACCUGCUGCCAGUGUGGUACUCCAGACACUGAAAUCCAGAAUGAAGAGCUGGAGAAGAGAGGAAAAGUAAAGAAAAGAAAGAAGAAAAAUGAAAAUAAACGAGUGAUCGUCUCCAACUUGAGCUUUGGAAGUAAGAAGUGGAAGGAAAAUCCGAACAGAUACUAUGACUCCAAUAAAAUUAAGACUACAAAAUAUACCAUCUUGACUUUCCUCCCUAAAAAUAUCUAUGAGCAGUUUCACCGCUUUGCUAAUAUUUAUUUUGUGGUCAUUGCACUGCUGAAUUUUGUGCCCAUCGUGAAUGCUUUCCAACCAGAAGUUUCUAUGAUCCCAAUUUGUGUUAUAAUGGCCAUGACAGCCAUUAAAGAUGCUUGGGAGGACUUCCGGCGGUAUAAAUUAGACAAAGAAAUCAAUCACAUGGGAUGCUACAUCUACAGCAGGGAAGAACAUGCUUAUGUUGAGAAAUGCUGGAAGGAUGUCCGAGUGGGGGACUUUGUGCAGCUGCAGUGUAACGAGACCAUCCCAGCUGAUAUCCUACUGCUGUACUCCUCUGAUCAGAAUGGGGUCUGUCACUUGGAAACUGCCAACCUCGACGGGGAGACCAACCUUAAACAACGACAAGUUGUGAUGGGCUUCUCCAGCCAGAAUGCUUUGUUUGAACCCGAACUUUUCCAAAACACCAUCAUCUGUGAAAUGCCUAACAAUGAUCUCAAUAAAUUCAAAGGGUACAUGGAGCAACCAAAUCAUGAACGGGUUGGUUUUAACAUUGAAAGUCUCUUGCUUCGUGGAUGUACAAUCAGAAACACUGAGGCUGCAGUGGGAAUUGUUAUAUACGCAGGUCAUGAAACUAAGGCCAUGCUAAAUAACAACGGUCCUCGUUACAAGCGCAGCAAGAUAGAGCGACAGAUGAAUAUGGAUAUUUUCUUGUGUGUGGGACUCCUGUUUGUGAUGUGUCUUGUUGGAGCUGUAGGUCAUGGCAUUUGGACCAGAAACUUCUCAGAGCAUCCACCUUAUGAUGUCCCAGAUGAGAAUGGCAAUUUUUUGUCUCCAUUUCUUGCUGGUUUCUACAUGUUCUUGACAAUGAUAAUCCUGUUGCAGGUUUUAAUCCCCAUUUCUCUUUACGUGUCCAUCGAGUUAGUCAAGUUGGGCCAAGUUUUCUUAAUUCACAAUGACAUUGACCUGUAUGAUGAAGAAACAGAUUUGCCCAUACAGUGCCGUGCCCUAAAUAUUCCUGAAGAUCUUGGACAAAUCCAGUAUAUCUUCUCAGACAAAACUGGGACACUAACAGAAAACAAAAUGGUAUUCCGACGCUGUACUGUGGAUGGAAUUGAAUUUUCACAUCAGGAAAAUGCCAAGCGCCUGGAAACCCACAAAGAGUUGGAUUUAGAUAAUGAGGACUUUGCAAAACUUCAGCACCUCACUCUUCCUCCAAUUAAUAUUGAGACACCAGGCACUUUAAAGCAGAGGACCACAAGACCUUUAAGGAGGUGCCAGAGUGCUAGGGCUCAUUUUCAGGGGCAUACAAGGAACAGGUCGCUGGGUCGUCGUGACAGCAACCAGUCUCAAGUGGCAUUCAGCAGCCCCAUUGAAAAGGAUGUGACUCCUGAUAGCAGGCUGCUGAGGCGAGUGAGAGAAGCUGCGCUCCAAACUGAAAACCUUUCUCCUUUUAUACAUAUGAAGACUUCCACAACUCUUACUGACUUUUUUCUUGCCCUUGCCAUCUGCAAUACAGUCCUGGUCUCCACAGCUACUGAGCCAAGACAAAGGGUCACAGUACCACCACCAAUAAAACCUUCAGGAAUCACCCUGGAGAAGAUUCACCAGAUAUUUCAGAGGCUAAAAUUAGCAAGCCUUAGUCAGUCUUUUUCAUCGUCUCAGUCUAGCUCAGACCUAGGUGCUAGCUUAAGUGCAAGGAACACAGAGGAGCAGCUUGCUGCAUUGGAUUGCUGUGACAAUGACGACUGCUGUGCCAGCGGUAGAGAUGAUGGACUCCAGGGAAAGGACGGCACCGAUAUUGGUAGUGCUUCCUUGGAUGAAGUUUUCAAAUCUGUGACUAACAGUUCUUUGCCAACAGAUUUUUGUUAUGAGGCUGAGAGCCCAGAUGAGGCAGCGCUUGUCUAUGCUGCCCAGGCAUACAGCUUUACUUUAGUGUCCCGAACUCCUGAGCAGGUGACCGUAAGGUUGCCACAAGGCACACUCCUGACUUUUGAUAUUCUCUACACUUUGGGAUUUGACUCAGUAAGGAAAAGGAUGUCUGUAGUGGUGAGACACCCUCUAACCAAAGAGAUUGCUGUCUACACAAAAGGAGCUGACUCUGUUAUAAUGGACUUGCUGGAAGACUCUGCCAAAGAUGACAUUAGCACAGAGAAGAGAAUGAAAAGAAUAAAAGAAAAAACACAGAAGCAUCUGGACUACUAUGCCCGUGAUGGCCUACGAACUCUCUGCAUAGCUAAGAAGGUCUUGAAUGAAGAUGACUUUCAGAAAUGGGCCAAUUUUCGUCGGGAGGCAGAAGCUGCAAUUGACAACAGAGAUGAGCUGUUAAUGGAGACAGCACAGCAUCUGGAGACCAAACUCACCUUGCUGGGAGCAACAGGGAUUGAGGAUCGGCUGCAAGAUGGAGUGCCUGACACUAUUGCAGCUCUUCGAGAAGCCGGGAUACAGAUUUGGGUGCUGACAGGAGACAAACAGGAAACAGCAGUUAACAUUGCAUAUUCCUGUAAACUCUUGAACCAAAGAGACACUGUCUUCACCAUUAACACUGAAAGUAAGGAAACCUGUGAAUCUCUCUUGAAUUUAACCUUGGAAGAGGUGAGGAAGAACUAUGAGGUUGAAAAACCACGGAGGAAAUUUUUUGGCAUUAUCCCAACAUCUUUUGCAGCCUCUGAGGCUCCAAGCCCUGAAUUUGGGUUGGUGGUCGACGGGCGGACACUGAAUGUCAUCUUCCAGGGGGGCCUGGAGGAGAAGUUCCUGACACUGACAAAGCACUGCCACUCAGUGCUGUGUUGCCGUUCCACACCUCUUCAGAAGAGCAUGGUGGUCAAGCUCGUCCGGAGGCAGCUUAACGUGAUGACCCUGUCGAUAGGUGAUGGUGCAAAUGAUGUAAGUAUGAUUCAAGCAGCUGAUAUUGGAAUUGGGAUAUCUGGCCAAGAAGGCAUGCAGGCUGUCAUGGCUAGCGACUUUGCAAUAUCCCGAUUUAAGCAUCUCAAAAAACUGCUUCUCGUCCACGGACAUUGGUGUUAUGCUCGCCUGGCAAAGAUGGUGAUUUACUUCUUCUACAAAAAUGUGACCUAUGUCAACCUGCUCUUCUGGUACCAGUUCUUCUGUGGGUUCUCAGGCAGCACAAUGAUAGACUACUGGCAGAUGAUUUUUUUCAAUCUCUUCUUCACCUCAAUGCCCCCUCUUCUCUUUGGAGUCCUGGAUAGAGAUGUUUCUGCAGAAACACUUCUAAGUAUGCCUGAGUUGUAUAAGAAUGGACAAAAUUCAGAGAUAUACAACCUAUCAACCUUUAUCAUUACAAUGUUGGAUGCCUUCUAUCAGAGCCUCAUUUGCUUCUUUAUUCCUUAUUUGACCUAUGAGGACUCUGACAUAGAUGUGUUUUCCUUUGGAAACCCCAUAAAUACCAUCUCCCUCCUGACCAUUCUCUUGCACCAGGCUCUAGAAAUGAAAACAUGGACCCUGUUCCACCUGGUAACGAUGAUCGGCAGUGUGGCGUUUUACCUGGUCUUCUCUCUGAUCUACAAUGCCUCCUGCGUGCUCUGCAACCCUCCUACCAAUCCCUACUGGAUUAUGGAGAAACAGCUUUCAGACCCCACCUUCUAUUUGCUGUGUCUUAUUACCCCCAUCAUCGCACUCUUGCCGAGGUUCUUCAUUUUUGCUCUGCGAGGAACCAUUGGAACUCCUCUGAUUCUGAAAGCACAGCAAAUAGAUAAACUUCCUAAAGGGCAACAGGAUCUUGAAAUCCAGAAAUUGAGAUCAAGAAAACAACCUAUUUCUGGUGCACGUGUAAUAUCACCUACAUCUAAUGAUGAUCUUGACCAAAACAUCAGCCACUUAUGUGUGUCACCAUUUUUACAUCCAGCAGCAGCAACAGUGUCUCACAGGGACACAGAAAGUCAGAGACUUUCAACAUCCAAAGUGAAUCAUCUCAGGAAAGAGACUCCUGAAGAAGGCUACUAUUUCUUUAAUAGGUGGGCAGAGGAAGAAUCUACUGCUACAGACCCUUCAGCAGGACCUUUCUCUGGCCAUUACCCCCUUGUACCCAGCAGGGUAACAACCCCUGGGCAGGACAGUGGCAAACUGUCUAAAGGUAAUGAAAACAAUUUUAACCAUGGAAGUCAUCGGCGAUCUGUUAGUGCAGUGACACUGUGAAGAAACAUUCAGAAAUGGGAUACACAGUCCGCAUGGAGAAGGAUACUAUAAGAAAAAUGAAAAAUCUAUUUAUACUUAACCAUGAUGCUCGCUACAAAAGGAGAGAGACAUGAGGGCUAGUACAAUAACAUCUGUAAUAAGUGACUUUUCCUAAGCGUGCAUGUAGUUUGUCAUUACGUAACUUCUUGAUCUUCCUGGUUUUGUCUCAUUAGAGGAAUGUUAAAUGAGCAUUACACAGUUUCUGAGAAAUGCACAAUUACUUUAUUUCAUCAAGGGAUAUUUUUCUUUCACAGUAAUUGGGAGUAAUUGUACUAGUAAUGUUUCGAUGUUAUUAUGCUGUUGAGGUAAUAGAGAAUCCAUUCUAUAUUAAGUCUUAGAGCAACACAUCCCACUCUAGUUUUUACUAUCAAAGUCUUAAAAAGACCUUACUAACUUAAAAAUUACAGUUCUGCCUGGAAAAUAUGUUACCUCUUGGUACUAAAGGUAUUUGCAGAAUAGCAGCAUUGGAAAGAAAUGACAGAAUGUUCCAGGUUUUAAUAUAUGGAAUUCAUCAGUAUAGCAAUAUCGAGUUUAUAGUCUGUUUCCCUGAACAGUAAGCUCACUAUUUUUAUGCAGCCAGUGUUUUGACCAUACUGUUAAGAAAAGAACAAAUGAAUUUAUGAAGUAGAAAAAUACAAAUACUGAACCACAAGAACUGAGAGAAUAACUCAGGGAGAAGUGGAGUCUACUUCAUACCUACAGAAGGAGAUAGAUAUAACAAGUCAAAUUCAAGGGUAUGUGUUCCAGAAUUCUAAAGUUGUCUCUACUUUUUCAUCUAGAAAUUCAGUUUCUUCUUUACAUUCUCUAUAUUAUUAUGUAGUGUUGCUGCAUUCAACCAAGUAUAAAUUAUGUUCCUCCCCACAGUUGGUUACAUGUAGUAGUUGAUGGAGAUUUCAGUAAUGAAGAUUAUGACAAGCAGUAUAUGAAGGUCACUAAUCACAUUGCAGUAAGUAAAUAGUGUAGAAUGACCAAAAUAUGCAUAAUACAUUCAUCCCUUUCAGUAUCUCAGAGCAACAAGAUGGAGGGGGGAAGAAAAUGUCACCAUCAUCACUACGUAUUGCAAUGCAAUGAAAGGUGACUGGUAUUUCUUAUAGAAAUGUUGACUACUAAGACCAUUUCCCAAGUUUUUCUUCACAAUGUGGGGUGAAAUCUGAACUUUUUAAAAUUCAAGCCAACUAUGCUUUUGUGAAUCUACCGCUGCUUCUGACUUAAGUAGGUUUUAGGCCUUUUUUAUACAUGCCAUAUUAAUUUGGCUAUUUACUAUCACAAUGUGUGAUCUGUUUCAUAACCUUAUAUUUAGAAAAUACUAAUUUAACUUCUGUGUGUUAUAAUAAUUACUGUAACUAAAGUCUUCAAGAUGUUACUUAAAAGCAACCAGGCGAAAUUGAGUAGCAUAUCUGCCACUGGGAUUUCUGGUAGCCACAGCAAGAGCAUACAUAGAGCUGUAAUUGUUAAAGUAUUAACUGUCAGUUGCAAAACAAUUCAGAAAGAGAUUUUUUUUGCACAAUAUACAAAAUGAAGGGAAUUAGGCAUAGCUGAGAUUAUUGUUAAUGGAGUGUGAGAUUGCUCAAAUGUUUGCCCGCUCGCUGGGAAUGGACCUUGGGUGACAAGACUUAAGAUGAAACCUGCACGAUUCACAGCCAUAUUCUUACAUUAAAUGGUCCAUUUCCUUUGAGCCUAAAGAAGAUGCCAAUUUCUUAUGCAUUUUAUUACAAAAUGUGAAGUGUUUUUGUAAUAAUAAAUGUAAUAUGGUCAUGAUUUGGUGUGCUGUUGAGAGGACAAAAACAGAGGCAGAAGAGUGGUUUUCCUAUGUCACCCAUGAGUGACAAACUCAUGUUUUCAGAGGUCACUCCUCUAUUUAAUAGACCAUUCCAGAGGAAUGCUUAUCACAAAAACCAGAUAACAAAUUUAUCUGAAUGCGCAAAGGGACUUAGCAUAUACGGGAAAGGGCUCGACAAGUUAUGCUUAAGCAAAUCUAGAAGACCUGUAGACAUUCCUGAAUUCAAAGCACCAAUUAGUUCCAUGUUUUCUCAUCACAGCUUCUGCAAAACUGUUCUACCAUGCAUUUUACCCUGACAGCUGGGCUUAGGUUCAGGAAUGGCACAUAGCUAAAGGAGGGCCCUUUAAGAAGGUGAAUGAAGGAAGGACUCCUUAUGAUCUCCUACAAAAUCACCCUUAAAAGCUCUAUGGUGAUGGAGGCCUCAGUAUAUUAAAGGAUGAAAUAAGUAGAAGACAGUCCGUAAGUCGCCUCCACACUGUGAGCAAAUAUAGUUAUUUCAGUUAAAGGAAAGAAUCCAGAUUUGAAUGGCUGCAUUAAGUAAUUCUACGGCUAGAACAACCUGUUAAUUCUGUUGUGGAAGAUGAUAACAAAACAGUUCAAUAGAUUAAUUUUCUUGGAGAUUUUGCAGCAUAGAGGAAAGGCAUUCCUGAUCCUCCAGGAGAGAGAAAGCUGAAACAAGCAGAAAAAAAAAAGGCAGCAUCAGGCAAGACCUGGCCUCUGCAUCCCAGCUGCCUCUACAGCUUUACAAAUCUCUCCCCUGAUACCCUACCUCCUGGGUGACAGCGCUACCAUCCCUCCUUCAAAGCAGAUGCUGACAUAGCUCAGGACCUAUAUUCACUCCUAAUCAGUGUGAUCUUUCCUAUACUCUUGGGUAAGCAGUAAUCAUGAACUAUUUCAUGUUAAAAAGAUGGUGAACAGGCACUUCCUUUUGAUCAUGAGCUGAAACCCCUUUGAGAAGUAGGAUCUAGAGCUAAAAAACAUGAUUUUUUCUUCCAGUUAAAGUAAACCUACAGUAAGAAAGCAAGCCCUCCAAAGAAUUUAUAUACAAGAGGGGAAGUGUAUUUACUAAAUGGGUUAUUUAGACCUAACUGGAAUUCCAAACUAGCUUUUUUUUUUAAUUAUUUCAAUGUAUAUUUAACAAUACUGUCAAGAUACAUGUUCCAUUAGUUCUAAUGGGAAUGAAUGCUUCACAACAGAACAGGAGUCUCACUUUACAAUGUAUCCUCUGAUGAUAGUCAAUAUUGCAUGUACUUGAACUAUAAAACACUAAAAUUAAUAGUGUUUUUAUGGAAUUAUUGCAUAUUCUUUUUUUUUCGGUAUAUGAUAUUAUCGUAGUAAGAAUACCGUAUAUGAAACAGUGCUUUGAGCUAUACAGAGUUAUAUCUAUGCGGCAUAUUGAAGGUGUCACGUCAUACAGAGGUGAACAGGAGCUGGAUUACCAGGUCUAUUUGUUGACUAACAGAUGCAAUGACAGGCUGCUUGCAACAGUCAGUGAAGAGCCAUCCAUCGUGUUCUCAACAGAAGUUGUUCAAGUUUUCGUAAUACAAGGUGAGGGAAAUGCAUACCCAUGUCUACACUUUGUUUUGUGUCUUAGCACAGCAAGAUGGAGAUGUGGUCUUUGAAAGUUACAGUUGAUUAUCUGCUUGAUAUCAGUAAUAGCUGUUCAGUCUAAAAUCCAGAAUUAUUCAGGUGGGGUAAAAGGAAGAAUCCAGUUCGUUGUCUUUCCUUCUAUUUCUCAGAAAUACAAACUCAGGUUUAAAUUAUCUAGAGAUAGGUUUGCAUCGUGCUCUAGCACAGAAACCACUUUUCCCAAGGAUGAAUUACGUAUAUUUUGUCACUCUGUUGGCUGAUGCUGCAAUGUUUAAUUCAUUUGUUUGAUUGCAGUUUGAGGUGGUGUGCCAGUACAGAGCUAUUUGCUUUAGGGGCAAGGUGACUGCAGGCAGGAUGUGGCAUGAUUAGGUACUUGUAAGCAGCACUGAUGAGUAAAAACAUAAACGUGGAGACAAGAGGCUCUUGAAGAUAAUGAUCACAGAGGGUGGGAUUUAGAAAGCUGACCAAAUAACACUGAAGUUCUAUAAAGUACUUUUGACAUUGCCAGUGAUUGGAACUUGCUGCAGUUAUCAGUACAUGAGAAAACUGUGAGCAGAACUUGCUGCCCUGCUCUUUAAUUUAGCACCUGAUUAUUCUCAGCUACAUAAACAAGACUGAGACUGAA